GUACGGUGCGCGACCGCAGGCGGUCGGAGACGGUGGACGAAAAUUCCUUCGGUAUUUCGAGCGAAUCCUGUCGCAAUGUUCUCGGUGAGCGUCACCACCGUCCGAAUCAUUCGCCCUUGUGGGCUCGCCGGCUCGCCCCGAGACGAGGGUAACCGCGAUGCUAGCUAUCCCGGUAAAAAUCGCAACAUGAGCCAUUUUUGUCAUUUUCUGAGGGGGAGAGCAGCCGCGCCGCGCCGCGCCGCCGCUGCCGCUGCCGCCGCUGCCGCCGAACCAAAAAAAAAAAAAAAGGAAGAAAAAAAGACGCGCGACAAAAGAGGGGGUGGCGGGGAAAGCUUGGCUCAUAAAGCUCGACCGCGCGCGGCGACUCACGUGGCGCAAGCUCCGCCCCCACGCGACGUCAGAGUGACGUUUCUGACGUCACGAACCACUCUCGCUUCCAUUGGUCGCGGGCCGAGAUGAUUGACGAGUGCAACCGGGCUGCGCUCCUCCCCCGCCGUCCUCGCACACCCAGAGACCUACUGCAGCGACUGCUGCGAUUAUUUUCUCGUACUACGCCACAGUCCAAAUCCGCAUUGAUUUUUGGCGCAGGUGUUUUUUUUUUUCUUUCUUUCUUCGCUCUCCCACGUUUGUUUGUUUUGGGCACCCGCUGAGUUGCUCUUCAUCCUCUGCCAUCAUCUGUUCCUCCGUCGGACGCUGCGUCGCUGACUCCCUGGGAUCGAUAGGACGUUUUUUUUUUUUUCCUUGUCCUCGUUCGUUUUUCUUUACUCUCCUACGCCGGUUACCCCCUACCACCCUCUCACUCCCUCCUCAACGCCCGUCCUGCCGCUCGGUUUACGCUCUGUUCUUUGUAUAUCUAUAUACUCUAAACCCGGAAGGAGCGCGUGUGCGUAUUUUCUGUGAUAACAGCACAACAGUCGGCGGCCAAAGUGGCCGGCUCCCCGAGCACUUUUUUUUUUCAAGUUUUAAGUCUCAUUUGCGUGUACCUUUCUGCCGUCCCAAUCGGUGAACGCUGUGCCCCCGAAAGGAUGCUACUUCGGCCGAAAACGUCCGGUCCUGUCGGACCCCACUGAGCAUGGCGUCGUGGCGGAGGGCCCUCUUCGUGGUACUGCCUGCCCAGCGGCUUGCAGCCGAUGGUGGCCUGCGGAAUACCGGCCAGCUGUAGCCUUCCCCAGCUCUCACGGGACUGCAUGCCUUUGGAUGAAUUCCAUCCAUUCAUUGAGGCCCUCUUGCCUCAUGUGAAGGCCUUCUCCUACACCUGGUUCAACCUCCAGGCCGCCAAGCGAAAGCACUUCAAGAAGCACGAGAAGCGCAUGAGCCUCGAUGAGGAGCGCCGGUGCAAGGAAGAGCUUCAGGGGGAGCGUCCCGAGGUGAAGCAGAAGUGGGCCUCCCGGCUUCUGGGCAAGCUCCGCAAGGACAUCACCCAGGAGUGCAGGGAGGACUUUGUGCUGGGCAUCACGGGCAAGAAGCGGGCCACCUGCGUGCUCAGCAACCCGGACCAGAAGGGCAAAAUGCGGCGCAUCGACUGCCUCCGCCAGGCGGACAAGGUCUGGCGUCUGGACCUGGUCAUGGUCAUCCUCUUCAAGGCCAUCCCCCUCGAGAGCACCGACGGGGAGCGGCUCGAGAAGUCACCCGACUGCCACCACCCGAGCCUCUGUGUCAACCCCUUCCACAUCAACGUGUCCGUCCGCGAGUUGGACCUCUACCUGGCCAACUUCAUACUCAGCCACGAUGCACUAAGCGGAAUCCGGGACAGUGUCUGCGACAACGAGAAAGAAGACGACGGAGGUGAUGCCACCAGCAUACUCGCAACGGGCGUCUUCACGUCGGCCGAACUCUACCGACUCUCGAAAGGUUCGGUGCUGCAGCCGUCCAACGGGGGCGGUCACCAGCCGCUGCAGACGGUCAAGCUGGAGCCUCCGUCGACCUACUACAGCUACGCGUCUCCCCCGGAUCCACUGGCGGGCGUAGCCGGACCGACUCUCCGGCCCCCGACGGGCAGUCCUCCGUCGGAGCCGCGCUCCAAGCGGAUCCGGAGGGUCUCCUCCAUGGAGGACGAGGGUCCGCCGGACAAGGACGUCGCUCACUUCUACGCUCACCACGGAUCCGCCGCCUGGCCGGACGUCGAUCACGGGCAGCUUCCGCUACACACAAAAAUAAAGAUGGAGAACGCACCCCCCUUCCCACUGGGGCGCGGGGACCUGAAGCCCCCCCCGACACACCCCAGGGUUCCGGGGGGGCCCCAGGGGAGCCCCCUGGGCAUGGCAGGCCAGCUCCCGGCAGGGUCGGGGUCGUACUACAUCCACCCCGCGGGGAAGUACCAGGAGAACGGGGACACCUUCUCGGACUUUGUGAACCUGGUCUGUCAGGAGGCUCACAACACGGGCUCCAGUUCACAGCCCAGCCCCGACUCCGGAGUGCGAAGUCCCUCGAAGCUGGCCCAGUUUUACUCCAGCUCCAUGCUGCCACCUCCGCCCCCAGCCCCGAUGGCACGACCAGUAGCCAUCAUCCGAUCCACGGGUCUGAGCCCGGCCGCCCAAAGUCCGCCCCAGACGAGCGGGGCACCCAGCACGCCCUCCUCCGACCCUUCCAAUAGGGACGAUCCCAAGGACACGGAUUCCCCGUCGCCAACGCCCGUGUGCAGCACGGCGGGCGAUCCUUCACCAGGCGGCGGGAGCCGGUCCGCGUCGAGCCCCUUCAUGCCGCGAUCAUCUUCCGAGCACAGCUUUGCCCACAUCCACUCGCAGAGCCAACUGUUCUCGUACCCGAGCAUGUCCCCCGUGGGCGGCAUGGGGGGCGGGGUGAUGAGCCCCACGGGCCUGCUGGCCUCCCCGGUGACCACCCCUCGCACCACCCCGCGCACCACCCCAGUCCCCCGCUGGAACCCCCCCUUCAUCGCGCUCGACGAGAACAUGGACUACAACAUGAUGGCGGGCCUGCUCCCCGGGGGGGCCACGCCGGACCCCUCGGACUCCCCGCACAUCAUCACAGGCCCCGGCGACGAACGCUUCUUCUCGGUGGUGACGCCUGGUGACGAGUCGGACGACGUCGGGGCCUCAAAACCGUCCUGAGCCGUCUGCUUGCUCAAGAGGACGCACCCAGGCCUGUGGUGCCAAAACACGGCUUGCCGGGCGGACAUGACAAAUUUUUUUUGUGAUAGGGAGCGCGCUGUUCAACCCGAGUGAGUUUGUAUCAUAGCCCCUUUUCCCACCCCCACCCCUUUUAGAACGACUGCUGUAGCUCAUUUUUUGAGGACGGACAUUUUUUACAAGCUCCACGCUAGAGAAAGAGAGGAUAUCUAUACACAUUAUAUAUAUACACAUUAUAUGUAUACAAAAACACGCGUGCGAGGAAGAAAAAAAAGUAUGUAUACUAUUUCGUCAUAGCCUCUUUUUAGACAUUGCAGAGUCACAAGUAUGGCUAGCUCUAGCUACUACGCUACAAUCUAUGCAAAGUACCCGUGCCCCUUAGGGUCGGACUGCAGAAGCGCAAUAACCUUACGCCGGCGGCCCAUCGUCACUGUACAUAGAGAACGGCGCAAAGACAAAACUGCGCGGCAAGCAUUUUUCGUUAUCCUUUGCGACCUCCCAAAAAAAAAAAACGCUCGUGGAGCUCUUGUUCUUUUUUUUAUAGUUGCAUACGUCCCCAUGUGUAUAUAUAUGGCAAAGGUGUACAGCAGAGUGACUAAUAUAUACGCGAGGGGGGCGGAGCCGGGUGGGCGGGGCCACGGGAGGCAGGGUUGGGUCGGAGACCGCCCCUUCUCUCUCGCCUUGGUUCUCGGUCGUGCGCGCCCGCUGCAGAGCAAGAGUUUGUUAUUACAGUGCCUUCUGAUGGGUGGCAGUGUUUCUUCUGCGCCUGAGUUUCCGCUUGCUAGCUCGCAAUUGGACCAGUUCCUUGCCAGUACAAACGGAGUGCCGGCCGUUGUCCGCCGCACAGUCGCCGACCCGACCCCGACCCAGGCCCGAUCUCCGCCCGGCGUUCCCCCGAUGCAGAGUGUGCCAAUUUCGUUGCGCUUCCCUAGCCUUAGAAUUUGCAAGAAGGGGAGGUUCUUUUUUUUUUUUUGUUUUGUUUUUUUCCAGCCUCUUUUUUUAUUUUAUUUUCCCUUCCCACACUUGCACAAGCUGCCAUCAGAAGUGGGCGAGGGAUUGUUGUUACCGUUGUUGUUGUUUCGAGACGAGGGAUGAAAAGCGCAGUGUUCUCGGGACGGCCUUCCCACCCGCUUGCCAAAAAAUACAUUUUCUGAAAAGUGAAAUCAAAAGCGGGAGGGAGCGCUCGCCCCCCCCCCCCCCCCCCCCCCUUCUCCCCCCCACCCCCCGAAGCCGAGGCGAGCCUCGGAUAGUAGCUGCUGCGGUUUGUGCUAGACUAGGUGCCUUUGACGCCAUGCAAGUGCUUCACUUAGGGUGAGGCGAGCGGAAACGCAACGAUUAUGCAAACGUUGGCGGCGGCGCAUCCCCCCUAGUGCACCCGCCCCCCUCUCCAGUGGGAGGCGCCACUCCGGUGGAGGCGGGGGGCGUUAUUCGACGCCGGCGGGGGAGCGUCCGCCGGGUCUCCCAGCUCAAGCUCAAAAAGGGUGCAUUUAUACGCUCCGUGUGCACGCGCCGCGCUUUCCUCUCCUUUUUGCAAGGGCGUUCGUCGUCGGAGACUGCGACGGGGGAUCUUUGUAAAUAGCGCUUCCUGCCACCGACCCGCGUUUGCGUGUGCCGUGCGUGCUUGCCAAAAGGGGGACCGGGGGUUUGUGUAGUCUCGUUUUCUUGUGCGCGGGGACUCGAAGGAGAUGGACUCGAGACUGUGUUGAAGGUUCUAGUCAAGCAUUUGCGGAGAGAAGCGCGCGCCCCUACGAGAGCGUGCGCAAUGGCGACGCGUCCGAAAGAAAGCAAUAAAGGAGAGAAAACAAAAUAUGAAAAACAAGACAGCUUCCCCCUAGAAGUCAUGCCGGCGCGAGCAAACAAGGCCUGUUACAGAGAGCCGCGUUUUUGUUGGUCUUUUCAUUGUUUUUUUUUUGUUAUGGAUGUCUCUUGUCCAGCAGUUUUUGACUGGAUUUUGUACCUGUUGCCGUUGAGAUAGCCAAUAAACCUUUUUGCAUCUCCA